UCACAGUGCGCGGAUUAUUAUUUUGAUUCGCAGACGAUUGCUGAUGAGUUGUGGGAAGGCUUGAAUUUUUUAAGUAGUAAGGAUUAUCUGUUGAAGAGAUUAAACUGACGAAGUAUUUCUGUUAUUUGUUAAAAGUCUGUGUUAUUGGUCUGAGACAGAAUGAGUCUGCGGAAACAAACCCCAAGUGACUUCUUGAAACAGAUUAUUGGAAGACCAGUUGUAGUAAAGCUAAAUUCUGGGGUGGAUUACAGAGGUGUCCUGGCGUGUUUAGAUGGGUAUAUGAACAUCGCUCUUGAACAAACAGAAGAAUAUGUUAAUGGCCAACUUAAAAAUAAAUAUGGUGAUGCCUUCAUUCGAGGAAACAAUGUGCUGUACAUAAGCACACAGAAGAGGCGGAUGUGAAGAACACUGCAGUUUUUGUCUAAAUUUAUUUUAUUAAAGAGUUUUAUUUUUACAGUAAUAAGAAAAUGCUCUAUGUUAAAGCAUGUAUGACAACACAAAGUGAGUUAAUAUCGGGUUAAUAUCAGUUUUAUACAUUUUUUAUCAUGGCAGUGUUAUUGCAGGUUGAAUGCGGAGUGGUGCUAAAAUUGUAACAUUUUUGUGCAGUGUUUUUGCUUUACAGGAUAGUUCUAAGUAUCCUUUGACGUUUUAUUUAAUGAGUAAAACUACAAAAUACUUGGUUUUGUGUGGUGUGUGAUUCCAGGUAAUGACUGAUACAGUCCCUCAGUCGUACUCUGAUUUAGGAGCAUACUUCUAAACUUGAAAUUUUGAAUGCAUUGAAAGUGCUGUUCCAUCACAUCUACUGUCAAGGCCAAAUUGUAUAUAUUUUUGGAGCACCAGUAGCUGCCUUGGAAUGAAGGGCUGGAGCUAUCUGAGCUGGGGAUGGGUGGUGGUGAACAUUUUAAAUAUCUAGCUGCUAUUGGUGACAUUUUGGUCUGGCUGCAAGCCAGAGAUUAUGCAGUAUCUUAUAAAUUGGGAAAAAAAUUCAUCCCGUUUUCAUACUGUGUGCAGUACUAGUACAUCAGUAUUGCAUUGUUUCGUAUGAGUGUUGCACUACUGUGAUUUCUAUCUGUUAUGCUUCAGUUUUGUAUCCCUCUAAUGUAGCUCAUCCUAAACAUAAUAAAUGGUGUUUUUGGUUUGCACUCUGUGCUCUCUUGACCAUAUCUCAAAAUUCUCCCCUUUGGAGAAGGUCAGUGGAACAGCAAAUUAUGUUUAGGGCUGCUUAUCAGUUGCGGUGUUACCCAGCCAUUUUUCAAAGCUGUUUCACUUCUUGUGAAGGGUAAUGCUGAACUUGUGCCUACGGAGGGUACUGAUGCAGGUUGUGUGUGAUUUACACACAAACACCAAUGGCAUAUGGUCUCACGACUUCUCACCAUUGAGAAGCAUUUGCUCUAUUGCAUUUUGGAAGAAAACUUUUGUAGGCUAUUACCAGAUUAAUAGUGUCCCUCAAGAGUAAGCUUGACCACAUCUGUUCUCUUGAAACUUAAUUCAUUAACUCCACAGGAGCUGGGGAAUUGUGGCCAUUAACAUCCUUAUAGGAACAUUGGUGCAUUUGAGCUGAUUUUCACAAAAUCCAUUUCUAAAAUCGUAUUUGAAGUUGAUUCUGGUUGAACUCUAAUAGGCACAUAAAAAUUAAUAUGAAAAAUGUACUUGUAUACAGAUCUUUGCAGGGGUACUAGUGUUGACAGCUUUGAUAGUAAUUCUGAUUUUGUAAUUCUGAUUUUGUAACUGGCAAUGACCAUUAAAACUUUUAUGCUAAUUGUUUAUUUUUGAAAUCAAGUAACAGCAUUUUAAUGGCAAGGGUAAAUACUUGCCAUCAUCAGAGAAGUUGUCUGUUGUGGAUGCCUGUUUCAAAAUGAAACCUUGUGCCAUGCUUAUAUACUGAGAAAUUUCGAAAACAUUUGAAAAAAUAUAAUUGCCAUCAUCUCUAUUAGACUGAUAUCUUUACAGCUGUGGAGAAGGUGGCCUUGCAUUAUUUGCAAAUUUACAAUUGUCACCUUUCUGUGUAUACCUUACAGUAAUGUAAAUUUGUACAUACCACUCUGUAAUCAUGGUAAUAUGAUACACAGCAUUUCAUAAUGUUUAAUUAUAGUUUGCUGUAUCUUCAGCUUUGUUAGUGUAAAGCACUACAGGUCGCUAAUACUUUGUGUUUACCCGCAUUGGUAGUGCACCAGACUCAUAUUGAGUUGUCACAAAAUAUUAAAAUAUGCUAAUUUUCACCACUACUAGAGACUGACAGUCUUCCUUUGGCCAGAACGUGCAUGUACCGUACAGCUUUCUUUCACACAUCCUUACCUUUAAUCUUGUGCCUGUGAGUUGUAACAUUUGUUUUUCUUUUUUGCUCCUAAAAUAAAGUAAGAAUUAGUUGUACAUCAUUGUA